CUCCUCUAGCUUGUGUCUUUUAGUUGCAAAUCAAUCAUCACUGGUUGUGGGUUUGAAUUAUUGGGCGAAGUGUUCAUGCGUCUGGUCUUGAAAUUUGGCUUUUUAUCUAUUGCGUAGAAAGUGGACGUGUGUAUACUGGUUCUACUCACCUAGUCACCUCCCUGCCACUGCUAUUAGUGUCAGGGAAUACACACGCACAGAUAAUGGCAAGGACGUCAUUUAGAAAAGCCCACUAGUGCGUGUCAUGUUGCUUAUGUGCAAAUUUUAUACACUUUCUUGACUGACCAAAGGUUGUAUGCGGUCAUUUUUUUCUCUCUCGGUGCUAGCUUUAAUAUUUGGAAAGAUGUUAAGAGAAGAUGACAUGACAUCGAUUUCAUUUUAUUUGUUUGAUGAGUCUGGUGUACCACCAAUCCAAUUAUUGGUUUAUUACUGUAAAUUAGGAUUGCAUCCACUAUUAGCGUAGUGGUUAAUCAUUUCAUAUCCUUAUCCUGUCGAGGGAACUUCAAAGAGAUUUUCUAAGGCACCUUGAAAUCACUGUUCUUAUUUUGAUGCAAAAGUUCACCAUGAACUAUGAUGUUUCAAUAUAGUGUAUGCAAGUCUUUCGGUGAUGCUUUAUCGCAUAAUAGUUCUAUAAAAUAUACCGUGUAUACAUUUGUCAGCCUCAUGCCUGCAGAUUUUGCCCAUGUUUUUUUUUUUUUUUUUUGCGGGGAGAUUUUGCCCAUGUUGCAGUAAGUUACACACACACACGCACACAAAAUAUGCUAGUAUUUAAACUAUUCUUGUUUCAAUAGAUUUUACUGUAUUUGGUUUCUUACUAUGCUAUUUCCGACUUGUUUAAUUUGAUAGUGAGGGCCAUAGACUAUAAUGAAAAACAACAAAAUAAUGAGGACCAGAUCAUGGUCCGGCUAGAAUAUCUUAGUAGUCCUUUUAAUGAGGUCCAGCUCAUCUGAAUAUUAGAAAAAUAUCAAUUUGCCACUAACAUUUAACAACGUCCCACUUGUCUCUGUCUAUCCAAAAUAACACACUGAUUUGCAUAUGUGUUUUUCUUUCAUUGUGCCCAAGCAUUCUUAUCUGCGGCAAUUGGUAGAGAUCUUCCUCUCACACCUGCUCUGCAAUACAAACGCAUCUGGCUUUGCUGCACCAGUGUUGUUCAUGGCGGAGGUGGUGUUGGCAGGCUUAUGUUUGGCAGCAACACCAAUCUGUGUGAAGCUCCUCAUCAACGCUUCGACGUACCUUGGCGUGGACAUGACACAUGAGCUCCAUGAACUGGAGACCACCAUCAUACCACAGUUCGAGCUGGUGAUCGAAGCAGCUGAGAAAGGAAACCACAGAGUCAAGCUGGACAGAUGGCUCCAGGAGCUCAAACAAGCCUUCUACAAUGCUGAGGACCUGCUGGACGAGCAUGAGUACAACAUCCUUAAGUGCAAAGCAAAAAACAAGGAUUCUCUAGCGAAAGAUUCCACCCAGGUGCAUGGCUCUUCCAUCAGCAAUAUUCUGGAGCAGCCUAUGCAUGCUGUGUCCAGUAGGAUGUCCAAUCUGUGGCCAGAGGACAGAAAGAUACUUUGCCAGCUGAAUGAACUGAAGACCAUCCUGGAGAAAGCCAAGGAGUUCCGUGAGCUGAUUCACAUACCUGCUGGUAAUAGUCUUGAAGGUCCCAGUGUCCCAACAACCAUUGUCCCUGUAGUGACAUCGCUGUUGCCGCCAAGAGUAUUUGGUCGUGACAAGGAUCGUGAUCGCAUAAUACAUCUUCUUACUAAGCCAAUGGCUACUGUUUCUAGCUCAGUCGGCUACUCUGGUUUGGCCAUUAUUGCACAUGGAGGAGCAGGAAAAUCCACAUUGGCACAAUAUGUUUACAAUGACAAGACGGUGCAAGAACAUUUUGAUGUCAGGAUGUGGGUCUGCAUCUCACGCAAACUUGAUGUCCAUCGUCAUACACGGGAGAUUAUCGAGUCCGCAGAAAAUGGACAGUGCCCACGUGUGGACAAUCUUGACACCCUCCAGUGCAAAUUGAGGGACAUACUUCAAAAAUCAGAGAAAUUCCUGCUUGUGUUGGAUGAUGUCUGGUUUGAUGAAUUCAACAAUGAAACAGAAUGGGACCAGCUGCUUGAUCCUCUAGUUUCUCAGAAAGAAGGGAGCAGAGUUCUGGUGACUUCCAGACAAGAUGUACUUCCAGCAGCACUUCGCUGCAAGGAUGUCGUUCGUUUGGAAAACAUGGAAGACACUGAGUUCUUGGCUCUCUUCAAACACCAUGCGUUCUCUGGAACAGAAAUAAAAAAUCCACAGCUGCGUGGAAGACUAGAGAAGAUUGCAGAGAAGAUUGUUAAUAGGCUUGGACAUUCUCCUUUGGCAGCUAGUACCGUGGGUUCCCAGUUGAGCAGGAAUAAGGAUAUCAACUUAUGGAAAAGUGCUCUGAAUAUUGAAAAUUUAAGCGAGCCCAUGAAAGCUCUAUUGUGGAGUUAUAAUAAGUUAGAUUCACGUUUGCAGAGGUGUUUUCUCUACUGCAGCUUAUUUCCAAAAGGUCAUAAGUAUAAAAUCAAAGAGAUGGUUGACCUUUGGGUAGCAGAGGGAUUAAUUGAUUCACACAGCCCCGGGGACAAGAGAAUUGAAGAUGUUGGUAGGGAUUACUUCAAUGAGAUGGUGUCUGGGUCUUUCUUUCAACCAGUUUCUGAAAGAUAUAUGGGUACAUGGUACAUUAUGCAUGAUCUGCUUCAUGAUUUGGCAGAGUCACUGACUAAAGAAGACUGCUUCAGAUUAGAAGAUGAUGGGGUGAAAGAGAUACCAACCACUGUUCGACAUCUAUCUGUACGUGUUGAGAGUAUGAAAUUCCAUAAGCAAAGUAUCUGCAAGCUUCGUUAUUUACGCACAGUUAUCUGCAUUGACCCACUCAUGGAUAAUGGAGAUGAUGUUUUCAAUCAGGUACUGAAGAAUCUGAAGAGGUUACGUGUACUAUAUUUGUCAUUUUACAACAGUAGCCGGUUGCCUGAAUGUAUUGGUGAGCUGAAGCACCUUCGGUAUUUGAAUAUCAUCAAAACAUUGAUUUCUGAAUUGCCAAGAUCAUUAUGUACUCUUUACCAGUUACAGUUACUUCAGUUAAACAAAAAGGUGAAGUGUUUGCCUGACAAGCUGUGCAAUUUAAGUAAGUUACGACGUCUUGAAGCAUUUGAGGACAGAAUAGAUGAAUUGAUAAAUGCUGCUCUGCCUCAAAUUCCUUACAUAGGCAAGCUAACUUUGCUGCAACAUAUUGAUGGAUUUUUCGUGCAAAAGAAGAAGGGAUAUGAGUUGCAUCAACUGGGGAACAUGAAUGAGCUCGGUGGUAAUUUGCGUGUGAUGAAUCUUGAAAAUGUUAGUGGAAAGGAUGAAGCCUCAGAGUCGAAGCUGCAUCAGAAAACUCAUCUUAGAGGUUUGCAUCUCUCCUGGAAUGAUGUGUAUGGCAUGGAUGUUUCACAUUUGGAGAUUCUAGAAGGCCUGAGGCCGCCAUCUCAAUUGGAGGACCUUACAAUUGAAGGUUACAAAUCCGCCAUGUACCCAAGCUGGUUACUUGAUGGCUCCUAUUUUGAGAAUCUAGAGUCUUUUACGCUUGCUAAUUGCUGUGGGAUAGGAAGCCUACCACCCAAUACCGAGAUCUUUAGGCACUGCCUGACACUUACCCUUGAGAAUGUCCCGAAUAUGAAGACACUAUCUUUUCUUCCAGAAGGUCUCACAAGCCUAUCAAUUGUGGGGUGCCCACUGCUUGUGUUUACUACUAAUAACGAUGAACUAGAACACCAUGAUUAUAGGGAGAGCAUCACGAGGGCAAGCAACCUGGAAACACAACUUGUUUUGAUUUGGGAAGCAGAUUCCGAUUCAGAUAUUAGGAGAACAUUGUUGUCCGAACACUCAUCCAUGAAGAAGCUGACAGAAUUGAUGGAUACUGAUAUUUCAGGAAAUCUUCAAACCAUUGAAAGCGCUCUAAAAAUAGAGAGAGAUGAAGCCUUGGUUAAAGAAGAUAUCAUCAAAGUAUGGCUCUGUUGCCAUGAGGAGAGGAUGAGAUUCAUUUAUUCAAGGAAGGUUGGGUUGCCGUUUGUUCCACCAUCAGGACUAUGCGAACUCAAUCUUUUCUCCUGUAGUAUUACAGAUGGUGCUUUAGCUAUUUGCCUUGGUGGACUGACUUCGCUUAGAAAUUUGUUCUUAACCGAAAUUAUGACUUUAACUACGCUUCCACCGGAAGAGGUCCUCCAACAUUUGGGGAAUCUUAGAUACUUGGUCAUUCGUUCCUGCUGGUGUCUCAGAUCGUUCGGGGGCUUGCGAUCUGCUACCUCUCUUUCAGAAAUAAGAUUAUUUUCCUGUCCUUCUUUACAGUUGGCACGUGGCGCAGAAUUUAUGCAAAUGUCCCUUGAGAAGCUAUGUGUAUACAACUGUGUGCUUUCAGCUGACUUCUUCUGUGGUGACUGGCCACAUCUGGAUGAUAUUCUCUUAUCUGGGUGCAGAAGCUCGUCGUCCUUGCAUGUUGGUGAUCUUACCUCCCUCGAAUCAUUCUCACUAUAUCAUUUUCCAGAUUUAUGCACGCUGGAAGGUUUGUCUUCCCUGCAGCUUCACCACGUGCAUUUGAUAGAUGUUCCAAAGCUUACUACCGAGAGCAUCUCACAGUUUCGCGUCCAGCGUUCGCUCUAUAUUAGCAGUUCUGUUAUGCUCAACCACAUGCUCUCUGCUGAAGGUUUCGUUGUUCCAGAGUUUCUCUCUCUUGAAAGCUGCAAGGAGCCAUCCGUUUCAUUCGAAGAAUCUGCAAACUUCACAUCCGUCAAGUGCCUGAGGUUAUGUAAUUGUGAAAUGAGGUCACCACCAGGAAAUAUGAAGUGCCUAUCCAGUCUAACGAAACUCGAUAUCUAUGAUUGCCCCAACAUAUCAUCUAUACCAGAUCUGCCGUCCUCCCUCCAGCAUAUAUGUAUAUGGGGUUGUGAGCUCUUGAAGGAGAGCUGCAGAGCACCUGAAGGAGAAAGCUGGCCAAAGAUUGCGCAUAUCCGCUGGAAGGAAUUCAGAUGAAUUGUGCUUCAGAAUCACAACUAGAGAGAAACGGAAAGACACCCCAAGAUUGGCACAUAUACGUUUCCCUGCUGCCAUCCACCGACUCGCCGCCUCCUUUUAUUCGGUUUCUCUGCCACUGACGGCCCAUGAUCGUGUCCUGUUGCUUAAAUGGAGUCUUGUUGGUUUAAGAAAAUCUCUGUGUCUCUUGAAGACUCAACUAUCUUGUAUUUGUUAGGAUACGAUAGGCAACCAAACCAUAAAAAACAAUAGAUCAAUCAUAAAAUAUACGAGAUUUUAACGUGGAAAACCCUACCAAAACAGGAGAGAAAAAACCACGGGCGUCAGCCAGCAAAAUAUCUUUACUAUAUCUGGGGUGAGGUUACAACGCCGCACGUCGGCUUACAAGAGGUAUAUAUAUGGUGGAACCCUAGAAGGAAUGACGAUCCGGCCCAAGCCUCCCGGCGACGGGCCUCCGCUCCACUACGGCAGAAGCUGGCCUUUAUUAAGUGCAAAUGAAUUUGGAUCAUAACUCAACAGUAUUUUAUUAUGUGAUGUGAUAUACUAUUCCAGUACUUGGAUUUUACACUUCACACAAAUAUACAGUUUGCUUCAAAUGUUUGUCUAUGUAGUUUGCAUAAAGUUUGUAUGGAUAUCGAUUAUUUGUGUAAGUUUCUGAUGCUUUUAUCGCACGAUAGUUCUUGAUA